UAAUUCAACCCCAGUUACAAAAAAAUGUAUCUUCACCUUUACCCCCUGGUCAUGAGUAUCAACUUGAGGAAUUUCAUAUGAAUAAUUUUAUAGAUGACCAAGCAAAACAGAUGGGAAUUGGAAUAACUUCUAAUCUAUUAAACAAAUUACCACCUGGAGGGAAAAUAAUUCAUCCAAAGUCUAAAAAAGCCAAAGCCUUACAAGAAAUAAUGGAUUAUGCCAGAUUGGGUCUUAAUAUAGAAGAUGAAAGACCUUAUGAUCCAAUAGAAAUUGAUCUUGCUAUUGUUAAUAUUGCAAGAAGGAUUGGAUAA